UGUAUUUUCUUCUCUGAUGGAAGUAAAUUCUACACAACAAAAAAAACCCACACAUAGGAAUAGGAAGAGAUCAACGAAUCCAAAAGCCUGAUAGUUCUUUUUUAUUCUUUUUCAUUGUGGAGAUAGAAACAAAUGCAUAAAUCUUCAUUGUUCCCACUCUUAUUUUUGUUGCUGAUAAUUUUGGAGCACGGUGGAAAUUUACGUGGUGUUUUUGCAUUAUACGGGCCGUCGUCCCCCGUUGUGCAGUUAAAUCCUAACAAUUUCAAGUCCAAGGUUCUAAAUUCAAAUGGCGUAGUUUUAGUUGAGUUCUUCGCGCCAUGGUGUGGUCAUUGUCAAGCAUUGACACCCACGUGGGAGAAGGUGGCUAAUGUCUUGAAAGGUGUAGCAACCGUGGCGGCACUUGAUGCCGAUGCUCAUAAGUCACUUGCACAGGAAUAUGGAAUUAGAGGCUUUCCUACCAUUAAGGUCUUUGCACCAGGGAAAACCCCUCUAGAUUAUCAAGGUGCUAGGGAUGUCAAGCCCAUUGCUGACUUUGCAUAUCAACAGAUCAAAGCGCUCCUGAAGGAACGUCUAAAUGGGAAAUCAGCAGAAGGAUCGAGUCAGAAGUCAGAGCCCAGUGCAUCAAUUGAACUGAACUCACGUAAUUUUGAUGAAUUGGUAAUCAAAAGUAAGGAACUCUGGAUUGUGGAGUUCUUUGCUCCUUGGUGUGGGCAUUGUAAGAAGCUUGCUCCUGAGUGGAAGAAGGCUGCAAAUAAUCUCAAGGGCCAGGUGAAGUUGGGUCAUGUAGAUUGUGAUGCAGAAAAAUCUUUGAUGAGCAGGUUCAACGUGCAAGGCUUUCCCACGAUCUUGGUGUUUGGUGCCAACAAAGAGAGUCCAUUCCCAUAUGAAGGUGCAAGAUCAGCAUCAGCAAUUGAAUCAUUUGCUUUGGAGCAGCUGGAAACAAAUGCUGCCCCUCCUGAAGUGACUGAGUUGACAAGCCCGGAUGUUAUGGACGAGAGAUGUGGUUCGGCUGCCAUCUGCUUUAUUGCCUUCCUCCCCGACAUUUUGGACUCCAAGGCUGAGGGUAGAAAUAAGUACCUCAAGCUUUUGUUAUCGGUUGCGGAGAAGUUCAGGAAGAGCCCUUACAGUUACCUCUGGGUUGCGGCGGGUAAGCAGCCCGAUCUCGAAAAGCAUGUCGGAGUUGGAGGCUACGGAUAUCCGGCUUUGGUUGCUCUAAACCUGAAGAAGAAAGCUUAUGCCCCACUUAAGAGCGCAUUUGAGCGCGACCACAUCAUAGAAUUCGUGAAAGCAGCUGGACGGGGUGGAAAAGGCAAUUUGCCUCUGGAAGGCAGCCCGGAGAUUCUGAAGACCGAACCAUGGGACGGUAAAGAUGGACAAAUCAUUGAAGAAGACGAAUUCUCCCUCAGCGAACUUAUGGGGGACGACAAUGGUAGCAAGGAUGAGUUAUAGCUAGCAACUUCUCACCUGAGAGAACAUGAAAAUUGAGUUGUAAUCAGUCUUGAUGCUACUGAGUUAUGUGUUACUGGUGCUUGACUGUAAGACAUUCCAUUGAGGUAUGUGGCUGCUUUAAUUGUGUGUACUUGGCCUGAAAUAACUUCAAUGGUUCAGACCUGCUUGUUCUUUUGCAAGA